UCAGGCACGUGUCCAUCAUGUGACAUUACCUUCAGGCGGAAAUGCCGAGGAGGGUUAAGAGCUGAAGCCUUCUUCUCCUCUCCUGUGUGUCAGGAGGGUACAUUUUCGGUUCCGUCGCCAUCGAAGCUGAGUGGGGAGAUCUUACCCAUCGUCUGCAGAGAUCCCGCAUUAAAGUGUUCACUCUCUCGUCAAUAUCUCCGCCUUCUACCCUUUUGGUUUCUCCUUCUCCGAUCUCGCUUCCUCGCUGCCUCUUAGUUUCCGCUAGUGAUCUCGGACCACGCGGCAAUGGCUUCGUACAUCUCCGCCCCGUGCCCUAAAUUCCCGUCUGUACUCCGAAUCGGCAGGUCUCGCGGGGUGGCGGGUGUUUCCCAUUCCAGGGUUCGGCUACAGGGGCCUAAAGACAGAAAGUUCCAUGGUUUGAUGGCCAAGGCUCAUGAGGUUACUGUCGAUGGUUCUUCAAAUUCGUUGCCUCUGGCAGCUGCCAAGUCAGAAAUUCAUUCACCAAAGGACAAUGAUGACAAGGCAGAAGAUGAAUCUGCUAUAUCAGAUUCUGCGAUAUCAGCAUUCAUGUUGGAGGUUUCAAAUCUCGUCAAGCUUGUGGAUUCAAGAGAUAUCACAGAACUUCAACUGAAACAGAAGGAUUGCGAGCUUAUAAUUAGAAAAAAAGAGGCCAUACAACAGCUAGCACCUGCUCCUGUCGUCAUGAUGCAGCCUCCGCAAGGUGCGUUUCCAACACAACCCCAGGUCUCCCAAGCCACUCCUGUUCCAUCAGCUCCUCCUCCAUCAGCAUCUCCUCCUGCAAAGAGCAGCAAGUCCUCACUUCCUGUGCUAAAAUGUCCCAUGGCUGGAACAUUUUACCGUAGCCCAGCACCUGGUGAACCGGCUUUUGUCAAGGUUGGAGAUAAGGUCAAGAAGGGGCAGGUUGUUUGCAUUAUUGAGGCUAUGAAAUUAAUGAAUGAGAUCGAGGCUGACCAAUCUGGAACAGUUGUAGAGAUACUUGCAGAGGACGGAAAGGCCGUCAGUGUCGACACGCCAUUGCUUAUUAUCGCACCCUGAAGCAGAAGAAAUGGAUGGAACAGAAACAGUAGCUCAGAACAAAAUUUUCCAGAAACCUUUUAAUUUGUUUCACAGUUAAUCAUAUAAUGGAUGAAGCUCUCAUUGCUGCAAAUGAAAUUUUAAUGAAUUUCUGUAGCUUUCUUCUGUGUAUGAUGGAUCUAUGUUAUGUAUUUUAGAUAUCUUCUACUUUCUUCUUCGCCGCUUC